AUGGAGCUUCAGGAUGAUACCAUCCAGUAUCGAAGUGGACAUUUGGAAGAGAUGUAUUUAAAACCAACAGAGUAUGUGAAGAAAAAAACGCUCCUGAAAUACAAAGUCAUCUGUGCUGUUCUGCUGUGUGCUUUGGUGGUUGUAUCCCUGGGACUAGGCUUAGUCUUAGGACUAGGCCUGAACCAUGGAGACCAGAAGCAAGUCAGCUGCAGACAAAAAUGCAACGAGCUGUACAGGACAGAGGUGCCUGGCUGCCGAUGCGACAGCAGCUGCAAGGAGCGUCAGGACUGCUGCUGGGACUACGAGGACACCUGUGUGGAGCCAACCCGAUCUUGGAGGUGCACUAAUUUCCGUUGUGGAGAGACACGGAUACCUGGAAGUUACUGCUCUUGUUCUGAUGACUGCUUGCAGAAAAAAGACUGCUGUGUUAACUACAACAAUGUUUGCAAAGGUGAAAUACCUUGGGCAGAGGAACCAUGUACAUCACUUGAAACUCCUCAGUGUCCAGCUGGGUUUGAUCUGCCACCACUUAUCCUGUUUUCAAUGGAUGGAUUUAGAGCUGAAUACUUGCAAACUUGGAGUUCUUUGCUGCCAAAUAUUGAAAAACUCAAAACAUGUGGCACACAUUCAAAAUACAUGAGAGCUGUUUACCCCACAAAAACCUUUCCAAACCACUAUACUAUUGUCACAGGAUUGUAUCCAGAAUCUCAUGGUAUUGUCGAUAACAACAUGUAUGAUGUAAACUUGAACAAGCAUUUCUCACUUUCAGGGAUGGAAAAAUUCAAACCUUCAUGGUGGAAGGGGCAGCCACUCUGGCUGACAGCAAUGUACCAAAAUUUGAAAGCAGGCACUUUCUUUUGGCCAGGGUCUGAUGUUCCAAUUAAUGAAACAUACCCCACCUUGUACCAUGUAUUCAACAGUUCGGUUACAUAUGAACAAAGAAUUUCAGGAAUAUUGGAAUGGCUUGAUUAUACCAAAUCAGAGAGGCCUGAUUUCUACACUUUAUAUAUUGAAGAACCAGAUUCUUCUGGACAUUCAUUUGGACCAGUUAGUGGUGGAGUAAUCAAAGCCUUACAGGUAGCAGAUCAAGCACUGGGGAUGCUAAUGGAUGGACUUAAACAGAGAAACCUGGACAAAUGUGUAAACCUCAUUGUUUUAGCUGAUCAUGGGAUGGAGAAGACCUACUGCAGACAGUUAGAAUAUAUGACUAAUUACUUCAAACAGAUUGAUUUCUACAUGUAUGCUGGGCCUGCAGCUCGCAUUCGAGCAAGAAAUGUUCCAAAGGACUAUUUUACCUUUGACUCAGAAGGAAUUGUUAAAAACCUCACAUGCAAAAGAUCCCCACAGCACUUCAAGCCUUAUCUGACGCCUGACUUGCCAAAACGUUUCCACUAUGCCAACAACAUUCGUAUUGAUAAAGUUCAUCUUUUGGUGGACCGACAGUGGCUGGCUGUGAGGGACAUAAGCUACACAUCUUGUGAUGGGGGUAACCAUGGCUAUAACAAUGAAUUCAAAAGUAUGGAGGCUAUAUUCUUAGCAUAUGGUCCAAGCUUUAAAGAAAAAACAGAAGUGGAAGCUUUCGAAAACAUCGAGGUUUACAACCUUAUGUGUGAUUUGCUGCGUAUUACACCAGCACCAAACAAUGGCACACAUGGCAGCUUGAAUCACCUUUUAAAAACCCCUUUUUACAAUCCUUCACAUGCAAAAGAAGACUCAUCUCCUUCUUCAUGUCCAGUUUCCAGUCUGACUCCCAUAGACGAACUGGGAUGCACAUGUGUGCAUAUAUUAGAUGCUUCAGUACUAAAUAAGAGGUUAAAUCUCACCACAGAAGAAAUAACAAAGGCAAACUUGUAUCAUUUGCCAUACGGGAGACCCAAAGUUCUUCAGAAGAAAAAUGUCUACUGCCUUCUUUCGCAUCAUGGGUAUGUGAGUGGAUACAGCUAUGAUAUCUGGAUGCCACUGUGGACUGCAUACACUGUGACUAAGCCUGAAAACGCAUCUCCUCUUCCUCCCACUGUUUCAGACUGUCUGCGGGCUGAUGUUAGAAUCCCUGUUGAUCGGAGCCAAAACUGUUCUAUCUACUACCCAGAAGGGCUGGCCUUCACCCGCAGCUUCCUCUAUCCUCCCAACUUCAGUUCAUCUGAUCUUGAACAGUAUGAUGCCUUACUCACCAGCAAUAUUGUUCCCAUGUAUAGAGCUUUCAGAGACAUAUGGGACUAUUUCCAUAAUGUCCUUCUUCAGGAGUAUGCUAGAGAAAGGAAUGGAGUAAAUGUUAUCAGUGGACCAGUGUUUGAUUACAAUUAUGAUGGCCAUUUUGAUACUCUUGAUGAAAUUAAGCAGUAUGUAAACAAUACAGAAAUCCCUGUCCCAACCCAUUACUUUGUGGUUCUGACUAGCUGCAAGAACAAGUCCUAUACUCCACUGAACUGUUUAGGCUCCUUGGAUGCUUUGUCAUUCAUCAUUCCCCAUCGACCUGACAACACUGAAAGCUGUGCUGAAAAUAAGACAUUUUCCGAAUGGGUUGAAGAAAGAGUUCAGGCUCAUUCUGCACGUGUUCGGGAUGUGGAGCUGCUAACUGGGCUUGACUUUUACCAGGAGAGAAAGGAACCCAUUUCUGAGAUCUUACAGCUAAAGACAUUUUUGCCAGUAUUUGAGACUGAAAUUAACUGA